GGGCUGGGGUGGGGGGCACCGGUAGGGCUGAGGGCGCAGAGGCAGCUGCUGCAUAGUUAUGCUUGCUGCUAACUAGGUCGUGACGUCGGCAGUAGGGUGGAGCACAGGGGGAAGUGGCCAAGUGUACAGGUGUGUAUAUUGUGCAGGAGGCCCCUCCCGUCCCCCCACCCCCCCUUACUGAUGAGCCGGUGCGGCACAGCGCCCCUGCGCAUUUCCCGCUAGUCCCGGGUGCGUGCGGGCAUCCCUGCAGCGCUCCAGCCGAGAGGCCGGCGGGCGCCGCGUGGGGGACGGGACGCGGCGGUGCCGGAGCCAGGGCUGGAGCAGUCGCUGUCCAGGGCUGGGACGAGCCGCCUGCCAGGGACUGCCGCGGAGGUGGAGCGCAAGACUGUGCAAUUCAUGAAUAAGAAGCUUGCACUGGGUGUAGAUCGGCUCUGAAAAAGGAACCGGGAAUAAAAGGCACCAACUUGAGCCUGGUCCCCCGCAGCCGAUGGCCAGGGCCGCGCCGCAGCGGGAAUGCAGGGGUCUGGGCCCGUGCCCCCCCGCACCGCGCAGUGACCGUGCGGCGCCCCGCAGGCAGCAGCACAGCCCGCCGCACCCAUCGCUGGGCAGGGGCACCCGCGAUGUUGGUGCAGCACCGCGGGGUGACCCUGCAGCGCCCUGCGGGCUGCGCCAUGGCCCGUGGCGCCCGUCGCUGCGCGGGAGCACCUGCAACGUCUGUGCACAGCGGCUGGAAGCGCCGCAGGAAGCUGCUGCAAAGAAACUCCUGCUCCUGCUCGUGGCUGCUGUGGCCGUGCCGGGAACCAGCGCCGGCUCCCACUCCUACCGGCAUCUCUACACGGCGGUGUCGGACCCCAGCCCGGACGUGCCGCACUUCACUGCCGUGAGCUACAUGGACGACCAGCAAAUUCUCCACUACGACAGCGAGACGCAGAGACAGGAGCCGCGCGGGGACUGGGUGCAGGGCGCUGUCGACCAAGACUUCUGGGAGGGGGAAACCAUGAGCUUGCGGGCCUGGCAGCGGGGAUUUAAACGGAACCUGCGCACCCUGCAGUAUUACUAUAACCAGACCGAGGGGUCUCACACGCUCCAGUUCACGUACGGCUGUGAGCUCCACGCAGACGGCAGCACUGGAGGCCACAUGCAGCUGGGCUACGACGGGGCAGACUUCAUCAGCUAUGACCUGGCAACGCGCACCUGGGUGGCAGCCCCGGCACAGGCCCAGCGCACCCAGCACACCUGGAAUGAGGAGAAGGCCGUUCUUCAGGAUGCAAGAUCCUACCUGGAGGAGACCUGCAUCACAUGGCUGCGGCAGUACCUGCGGCACGGGGAGGCAGCGCUGCAGAGCAGGCGUCCCGUGGCACAGGUGAGCGACAGGCCGUCGUCCCGGGACGGACGCACCACCCUGUCCUGCCGGGUCCACGGCUUCUACCCCCGGGAUGUGGCUGUCGUGUGGCUGAAGGACGGGCAGGCGCAGCCCCAGGAGACGAGGCGCUCGGGGGUCCUUCCCAGCGGAGACGGGACCUACCAGACCCGGGCCACCAUCGAGAUGGACCCGAGCAGCGACCACGACUACACCUGCCGCGUGGAGCACGAGAGCCUGGGGGCAGCCCUGAGAGUGGCCUGGGACAAGGGCAGGGCGGGGUACGACCCAGUGAUGAUUGUGGGUGGCGUUAUGGGUGCCAUGUUGCUGGUCGGUGCCAUGACGGGCACAGCUGGUUACUUCCUCCGGAGACGGGGAACUAAACCUGUGCGUGCUCGUGGAACCUCGGAGAGCGAAAGCUUGCAUCUCUCGGAGGGAGCAACACCCACUUCAACUCCUGCCUUGAAGCCCAGACUGCAGGUUCACAGAGGGAAACGCCUUGCCCGGGAGAGCCUUUCAUCUGCCCACGCGCAUGCCAGACGUGUGACAUCGUGACCAGGAGGAAACGGUUCAGUGUCCUGCUGCCCGUCAGACAGCUUGGGGACAGAGAGACUGCACUUUUACUGGGGCCUGACUGCACAGCACGAGCUUUUCCGACCAGGCGAUCUCAUGGCCUCUUGGGCUCCUCUGUGACCUGCACAUUUUCAUUUCUACCUCAAGACAUUUGGCUCUCUUGGAGAGAAACCCCCAGUUUUUCUUUUCUUUUUUUAGUUUAAAAAUACACUCCUCCCCUUCCCCUAGCCAUUUCUGACUUUCUCUCUGCUGUCUGUGUCCCUGGGAAGUGGUUGCAAGUACUACUGGGUAAGUUAAGUUAUACUCCCUGUAACAGGGGCCUCCUCGGGGCCGCCUUCCCUGCAGCCUGCCCACCUGUUGCUGGGCCAACCACCCGCGUUCUCUCCCGCCACGUCGAUGUUAAUUAUUUAAUUAGUAGAUGUUACUAAGUGGGAGGCUGCCCAUUUCCUGCCCUGAUGCCAGGGGGUGCUAUCUGCGGCCCCGUUCCUCCCCUACACCGCAGCCCAAGCCUCACAGAUGGCAUCAUCUCGAUGUUAUCAUUAAUAUCGGCCCGCACACUGGGCCCCAGAAUCCUCCUAAUUGACCCCCACCUGGAUCCCUCCCCUCAGGCGGUCUCAUCCACCGUCAUACUGGGCAGUAUAGCUCCUUAAGCCCCUUCCGCUUUGCUGUGGUCGCCCCGGGACCUUUGGCUACUAGCCCUGGCCCACCUCCAGGCCAGUCGGGACCCCAGGCCCUCAGCUCUUGGGCAUCUCUUGUGGUAGCCCCCGGCCCUUCAACCCUUCCGGUCCUGGCCUCAGCAUUGACUGUUGCCCUGAGGGGUCAGGCCAACGCUCAGGAUCUCAAUAUUGCGCUGUUAGACAGGAGGGUGUGGUGUACAAUUGUACAUGCACACAUAAACAUCAGUUAAGCACACACACGCUGACUAGGUGCAUACACCCAUACUAGGCAUACACACUCACACUACCAGCUCAGAUACACACACGUGCAAAAUAGUUAGUUUAGGUUCAUGCACACCUAUCACCAGUUUGAGCCCAUCGACGCUACACAGCCCCCAAAUUUGAAUGUUACUGUUUUAUACUGAAUUUAUAGUUUGUAUAGUGAAUUUAGUGACUAUAAUACUUUAUAAACUAUGUACACUUCACUGUAAUGGAAAUAGUGAUUUUAUAGAAUUCGUUCAAUAAAACCACUGGAAUUUGUAA